AUGUCCUCUGAGUCAGGCUCUGGAGGAGCUCCACCCGGUGCCAUCGACCUAGCCACCCUCUCCCUCCCGCAGCUGCGCGCCCUCCAAACCCGGCUUACGUCUGAAUUGGAGCAUCUUACCUCCUCCCACCAAAAGCUGCGUGCCGCACAGGCCAAGUUCCGCGAAUGUGUGCGUUCGAUCAGUGAUGGAGUGACUGGGUCUGAGAAGCAGGGCACGAAGGGCCGCGAUGAGAUCCUCGUCCCUCUUACGAGCUCGCUAUACGUCAAGGGUCGGUUGACGGACCGAGAGAAGGUGCUCGUUGAUGUUGGCACAGGAUUCUAUGUUGAGAAGACCCCGGAAAAAGCGACUGCUUUCUAUGAAGACAAAGUGAAGGGCUUGGAUGCAAACUUACAGGAGCUGGAGAAGAUCGUACAGGGCAAGAGCUCCCAGCUGCGGGUGACAGAAGAAGUCCUAAGACAGAAGAUGCUUGCGGGAGAAGCUGCACAAGGUUAA